CUUCAGCGCGCGAGGAGAAACUUGCUGGUCUCAGUUCACUUUCUGGAAACAGUGAACACACUGAAGAAGCGUCGGCAGUCAGCUACUGUUUGCUACACGAUGUCCGGACACGGUCAUGGGCACGGCUGCGGGUGCGAAGGGGAGCACGAGCCCGCGGAGAGGGGCCUGGAGUACGGACUGUACCAGAGGAUCGACCUGGAGAAGCUGCAGUGCCUGAACGAGAGCAGAGACGGGGACGGGAAGAUGGUGUUCAAACCGUGGGAUCGGCGCAACGAGCGGGACAAGUAUGUGGAGAGCGACGCAGAUGAAGAGCUCCUGUUCAACAUCCCUUUUACAGGCAGCGUGAAGCUGAAAGGCAUCAUCAUCUCUGGAGAAAAUGACGACUCUCAUCCAGCUGAGAUUCGACUGUACAAGAACAUCCCUCAGAUGUCCUUCGACGACACCGGCAGAGAACCUGAACAAGCCUUCAGACUCAACAGAGACCCCGUCGCUGAGCUGGAGUACCCAACAAAAAUCGCUCGUUUCUCCAAUGUUCAGCAUCUCUCCAUCCACAUCUCAAAGAACUUUGGAGCAGAGAGCACCAGGGUCUACUACAUCGGGCUGAGGGGAGAAUACUCGGAGACUCACCGACAUGAGGUGACAAUCUGUACCUACGAGGCAUCAGCAAACCCUGCAGAUCACAAAGUGGAGAGCGUCAUCCCUCAAACCAACUUCAUUUCCUGAAGAAGCCUCAGAGAGUUGGAAGGAGAAGGAAGGAGAGGUUUCAAUGGCGUCUGCUGACUGUCAAAGAUGAUUUCAGCGCUGCGUAGGGCCAGGUUGAUUGAGCUCGACUGGGACUGAGCACUGAAAUCUGAAGACCUGCGAGCUUCAUAUGUGCCUGGAAGUGCCAAGUCGUUGCUUUGUUUUCACGGCAAUAAAGAGUGAAGGCUUGAUGUGGGCAAAAGCUUAAUAAUAAAUGCAUGAAACAUUUGACACUCAGAUAAAGUCUGUUGCUAUCAGUUUAACCUGUAUGCUCUGAUUCAUGUCUUAAGAUAUCCACCACUUCAAUAAAUUCACAGCUGCUCCUAAAGAAAACACAAAAGGCUGGAAAUAAACCAAGUGAUGGUACUUUUUUAUUAAUUAAAAGACUUUGGUUGCCAUACUAACAUAUUGGAUUCAUAAUAAGCUUCACACAGAUCGGUAUAAACAUGUAAAGAAACUUAAUUUAUCAUCUUCAUAAAUAAAGAUACACAGUUAGAAAGUAGACACGUUAAGCCCCUCUGGAUACACCACCUUAUUAAAUGCCAAAUCAUUUAUAUAAUGCCAAUAAAACUACAUUAUUUGCCUUUGUUAAGCCAAGUGGUAGAAUUGAUCUAAGUAUAUGUGUGUUACUUUACUUAUUUCCAUUUUAUGCCACUUUAUACUUCUGCUCUACUACAUUUCAUAGGGAAAUGUUUUACUUUGUACUUUGUACUUUACUACAUUUAUUUUAAAGCUUUAAUUACAGAUAUUGACUAUUAAUGCAAAAUAUAAAGCAGCAGUUUAUAAAGUGAUCAAAAUCAUCAACACUGAAUCUUUUUUACUUUACUAAAGUAAAAGAGUACUUCUUUCA